UUUCAAGCGUCUAAUAAAUUACAGAAAUUCCAUGCCCCUAUAUAUACAGAAUUAUGUUUUGAAAUAAGUUAUUGCCACAACAAAGAGAGAUUAAAAAAAAAAAGAGGAAAAAAAAUUUGAAAAGGAAAAAAAAAGACAUGGAAUAUUCACAAUCUACCAUGUAUUCUUCUCCUAGUUCUUGGAGCUCAUCACAAGAAUCAUUCUUAUGGAAUGAGAGUUCUUUCUUAGAUCCAUCAUCUAAUCACCAAUCCUUCUUUUCCGCUGAUUAUAUUUACUCCGAUGACUCAAAUCAUCAAUCUUUCUUUUGCCCUAAUGAUAAUUACUCCAUUGACUUUUUCUCAUUUGAGUCCCCUGAGAUGAUUAUUAAAGAAGAAACCCCAAACGCCGACGUUUCUAAUUCCGAGGAAGAAGAAGAAAAGAUUGGUAGUGUUAUUGAUGAAGAGAAGUCAUACAGAGGAGUGAGGAAAAGGCCAUGGGGAAAAUUUGCAGCAGAGAUAAGAGACUCGACUAGAAACGGGAUUAGGGUUUGGCUCGGGACGUUUGACAAAGCCGAAGAAGCAGCUCUUGCUUAUGACCAAGCGGCUUUUGCAACAAAAGGAUCUCUCGCGGUUCUCAACUUCCCCGUGGAAGUGGUCAGAGAGUCGCUCAAGAAAAUGGAGAAUGUGAAUCUUGAGGAUGGUGGAUCUCCGAUAAUGGCCUUGAAGAGAAAACAUUCACUUCGAAACAGGCCUAGAGGGAAAAAGAGAUCUUCUAAUUCUCUUUCUUGUUCUUCUAAUUCUCCUUCUAAUUCAUCUUCCUCAACAUCUUCUUCUUCCUCAUCUUCAACAUCAAGAUUAAGAAAUGUUAAGCAGAGUGUUGUGAAGCAAGAAAGUGGUACACUUGUGGUUUUUGAAGAUUUAGGUGCUGAAUAUUUAGAGCAGCUUCUUAUGAGCUCAUGCUGAUCUGGUAACUGAUUCCAGCUAUAGCUAUCAUUAAACUUUAAUUCUGUGGUAGUUUUGAAAUUUGUUCGCUCAUUGUGAAAGCUCUUUAAUUGGUUUUCUUCAUUUUCCUUUCUUGUAUCCAUAUGAAAUUAUUGGAAGAGAUGUGAUGGUGAUGUUGAACUGUAUAAAAAAUUAUUAUUGCGUUUUA